GGGGGGCGGGGGCGGGCCUCCGCACUGAGGACCAGGCCUCAAAAUGGCCACACGCGUCCCCCCGUAGCGGCAAAACGAUGACGGAGCGGCCGCCGAGCGAGGCGGCCCGCAGUGACCCCCCGCUAGAGGGACGGGACGCGGCCGAGGCCCGCAUGGCCCCUCCGCACCUGGUCCUGCUGAACGGCGUCGCCAAGGAGACGAGCCGCGCGGCCCCCGCGGAGCCCCCGGUCAUCGAGCUGGGCGCGCGCGGCGGUCCGGGGGCGGCCCCGCCGUGGGGCGGCGCCGCGCGGGACUUAAAGGGCCGCGACGCGGCGGCGGCGGCCGAAGCGCGCCAUCGGGUGCCCACCACCGAGCUGUGCAGACCUCCGGGGCCCGCGCCCGCCUCGGCCCCCGCGGAGCUGCCCGGCGACGGCCGCAUGGUGCAGCUGAGCCCACCCGCGCUGGCGGCCCCCGCCGCCCCCGGCCGCGCGCUGCUCUACAGCCUCAGCCAGCCGCUGGCCUCGCUCGGCAGUGGGUUCUUUGGGGAGCCAGAUGCCUUCCCUAUGUUCGCCACCAACAACCGAGUGAAGAGGAGGCCCUCCCCUUAUGAGAUGGAGAUUACUGAUGGUCCUCACACCAAAGUCGUGCGACGCAUCUUCACCAACAGCCGAGAAAGAUGGCGGCAGCAGAAUGUGAACGGGGCCUUUGCUGAGCUCCGCAAGCUGAUCCCCACACAUCCCCCAGACAAGAAGCUCAGCAAGAAUGAGAUCCUCCGCUUGGCCAUGAAGUACAUCAACUUCCUGGCCAAGCUGCUCAAUGACCAGGAGGAGGAGGGUACCCAACGGGCCAAGCCUGGCAAGGACCCCGUGGUGGGGGCUGGUGGAGGAGGCGGUGGGGGAGGGGGCGGUGCACCUGCAGACGACCUGCUGCAGGACGUGCUCUCCCCCAACUCCAGCUGUGGCAGCUCUCUGGAUGGGGCCGCCAGCCCGGACAGCUACACAGAAGAGCCGGCACCCAAGCACACGGCCCGCAGCCUCCAUCCUGCCAUGCUGCCAGCCGCUGAUGGAGCAGGUCCUCGGUGAUGGGGCCAGGGCCACUCAGGACCGGCCAGGAGGGCAGCCUCAGGCUGCUGGGACCGUGGGCUUCGGGGCAGGUGGGGUGAGGAUUGGGCAGC